GUGCGAAGCUUUCGUCGACGCAGCUGCGCUCUCUCUCGUCUCUCUCCUUCCCCGCCGUCUUCCCCCUUCCUCCUCUCCCUCUCGUAGCCCUGGGGGCGCCUUCCGGUCUUUAUCUCUCACCUUCUACCGCUGGUUCGGCACUCCCCACGCCCCGCUGAGCCGCCAUGUUCACUCUCAACCGGGCCCUGGUUUCUCUCCUCUUCGUCUUUUCUCUCUUGACGCUGGCAGCGCCAGUCCUCGGCGCGCCGAUCGAUCCGCGCAACUGCGAGGAGGGUCACGACGGGGCUGCGGCAGCAAGCGCGGCAGCGUCUGGCUCGGGUGCGGCAUCUGCAGCUGCGACGAGUGCGGUAGCGUCGAGUGCAGCCGCCUCGGGUGCAGCGUCUUCCUCUGCCGCGGCUUCGAGUGCGGCUGCGUCCGGUGCUGCUGCCUCAGGCGCGGCCACUUCGACGGUCAAGACGGUCAAGACUUCGAAUACACCCGAGGGAACGAUGACGGAGACGUGCACUAUCACGCUUACGCCGACGACGAACGCUGAUGGCACGCCCGCCUUCACGGAGGUCAAAGACUGCGUAGUCACCUUCCAGUCCACGGCUGUCGUCAGCGACGCGUCUGCAGCAGCAACCAGCGCUGCAGCGACCGCCGCUGCGUCAGGAUCCGCAGCGGUCAUUGCUAACGGCGUGUCCACGGUUACUGAUUCCGCGACGUCUGCAGCUGCAUCUGCGACAUCGGCUGCUGCGUCCAGCUCGGCCGUUGAGUCUUCAGCGUCGACCACUGCCGCCGCGAGCUCCGCAUCCGCUGCAUCUAGCAACGCUGCGGUCAUUGCGAAUGGUGUGUCUACGGUUACUGACUCUGCGACCGCCACCUCGGCGGCUGCGUCUGCCAGCGCGACCGAUGCUGCUUCGAGCGCCGCCGCUUCCUCGGCAGAUACAGCCAGCUCAGCAGCGGAAUCCAGCAGCGCGGCCGAGUCAACAUCCGCCGCCGAGUCCAGCUCUGCCACGGAAUCGAGCUCUGCCGCCGUGUCGACCUCGUCCGCCGCCGCAUCAUCCGCCGCGGAUUCUGCUGCUGCCACCUCGUCCUCUGCCUCGUCCGCCGCCGCUCCAUCCAGCUCGUCCUCUGCGACCUCUGCUGCCGACACCGCUGCGUCCUCUGAGCCUGCCGCUGCUGCAGCCGCUGCAUCUGCCUCUGCCACGGAGACGGAGACCGCUGCAUUCCAGAUUCCCGGCCAAAAGCUGCAGGUCUUGCCCAUCGGUCUUGGCGUGUUCGCCGGCAUCUCGGUCAUUGCGCUCAUCGUGGUCGGCUUGGUGACAUACGAACGCACAAAGUACCGGCGCGCGUUCAGGCAGCGGAAGAUGGCAGAGCAGGGCGCGUCGAUGGGCUAUGGUGGCAUGGCGCAACGCGCCUAGGUCACUAAUCCCACGUUGAUGCACGCACUGACCUUCGUUGUCCGUCCUUCAUGACCACCUCGUCGUUCCUUGGCCUCGAUUUCUGACUCGCAUACCGCACGAUAUCCGUACCGCCUGCUCGAUACUCGGUACUCACACCACAUGCCCUAUAUCCGCACCACACGGACUCUGCGCCACCGCCGUAUAUUCGACCUUCUUCGUUCGAGGACUGUUGUUCCUUGGUGUUCGCUCACGCGAGCAAUCCUGCUCGUUCGUGCGAGCAUAGCUGCGGUGUACAUUACCUAUCUCCCUACUUACUGUUUCACGGCUGGAUCGGCGCCGCGCGUCGAUAUGUACAUAUGUACUUGGGAAGGCAGAAGUGAAGGCCUGGUUGCUCCAAUAGACAUCUGGGUUUUCGCGAAGGACUUUUUCUCUUGUGUUCCAUGAUUUAGUUAGAGUUCUAUGGAUGAUGGAUAACACCUACAAAUGGACAUGUGUCCGAGA